CGGCAGGGAAAGAGGCGGCCCGUCAGCUCGGAGAAAUACGGCGCUCAGGCCGGGGCGGGCCGCUUCCUAGGGAGCCGCGGCGGCGGCGGCGGCGGCGGCGGCGUCUGGGGAAGGAGGGAGCCGGGGCAGGCAGGGAGGCAGGGAGGCAGACGGGCUGAGGGACAAGCGGCCGCCUCCCAGUCCCAGCCCGGCGCCGCCACCCCCGCCGCUACCCAGAUGGGCCCGCGGGCAGCGCCAUGAAGCGGGCAUGUGCCUGGACUGCGGCCCCAGCGAGCCGGGGCGGGAGCCGGGGCGGGAGCAGCGCGGAGCCAGCGCAAAGAAAGCUUACAGAAAAGGACUCGCUAGAACAAUGCUGAGGCUGAGGAGGUGAGGAGGAGCCGGUGUGAAGCCUGAGGGAGCGGCUGAGAACAGGUGAUUGGAGGAGCUGAUCCGGAGGAGAUAGGCAGGCAGGCAGACAGACAGCGAAGAAGAGUCUGCCCCUGGUAUCCCACGGAUUUAACGAAGCCCAUCCGAGCCUUGAGGGAAGGCACUUCAGAUCCGGACGUAGGGAGGGGCUAAGGGAGUACCAGCACCAUGGCGACCAAUUUUAAUGACAUUGUCAAGCAAGGCUAUGUGAAGAUGAAGAGCAGGAAACUCGGGAUCUAUCGAAGGUGCUGGCUGGUUUUCCGAAAGUCUUCCAGCAAAGGACCUCAGAGGUUGGAGAAGUAUCCUGAUGAGAAGUCAGUGUGUCUCCGAGGUUGCCCCAAGGUGACUGAGAUCAGCAAUGUGAAAUGUGUCACAAGGCUACCUAAGGAAACAAAGAGGCAGGCUGUGGCCAUUAUCUUUACUGAUGACUCAGCUCGAACCUUCACCUGUGACUCCGAGCUGGAAGCUGAGGAGUGGUAUAAGACGCUGUCUGUGGAAUGCUUAGGUGCCCGGCUCAAUGACAUCAGUCUGGGAGAGCCAGACCUCUUGGCCCCAGGAGUACAAUGUGAACAGACAGAUCGAUUUAAUGUCUUCCUGUUGCCCUGCCCCAACCUGGACGUCUAUGGUGAAUGCAAACUACAGAUCACCCAUGAGAAUAUCUACCUCUGGGACAUGCACAACCCCCGCGUAAAGCUCAUCUCGUGGCCACUCUGCUCUCUGCGCCGCUACGGCCGGGACGCUACGCGUUUCACGUUUGAGGCUGGCAGGAUGUGUGAUGCAGGUGAAGGGCUCUACACAUUCCAGACACAAGAGGGGGAGCAGAUCUACCAACGGGUCCAUAGCGCCACCCUGGCAAUUGCUGAGCAGCACAAACGGGUUCUGCUGGAGAUGGAGAAGAACGUGAGGCUGCUAAACAAAGGUACUGAGCACUACUCCUAUCCGUGCACACCGACUACCAUGUUGCCCCGGAGUGCCUACUGGCAUCACAUCACUGGGUCCCAGAACAUUGCUGAGACUUCCGGCUAUGCUGGUGAAGCAUAUGGGGCUGCUCAGGCAAGCUCAGAGACUGACCUUCUCAACAGAUUUAUCCUGCUGAAGCCAAAGGCUGGGACAGGAGAGAGCAAGGAGGCCAAAACUGCUUCCCAGUGAUGUUGGCGAUGCUGAAAUAACUCACGUCAUCCCCAGGGAGGGAUUGGCAGCACACUGGAGGCGCCUUCCUUCCUGACCCCUCUCCUCUCACAUUUCUCCCCAAAGGGGCAGAUGACCCAGGACCCUACCCUAUAGAAGGAGAGCCUGGAGAAAGCAAGUGGGAUAGAUGCCCUUUCCUCAGCUGAGGGACAGGCAUGGCCCAAGGAGAGGGCCCAUUCACUUCACCAGAGCAUGCAUGAGGGGCUAGAGCAACCAAGGGACUGUAUAUGGUUAUGAUUUUAAUAUAUAUUGUUACAUAAUUCUAUAUUAAUGGGAUUUCCCCCCCUUUAUCUUUGCCCUCCCCACCCACAAAUGCAAUUUUGAAAUCUGGUGACCAGUGGUUGGUGUCUUUGGAGCAGCUGCUCUCCUGUUGUCUGUGGAAAAGCCCCUCACAUCCCAGAAUCCGGAAGGACUCUGGAAUGAGGAUUUGAACCCAAGCAAAAGCAGGCAGCCAGGAGCCUGGCUGUCUCUGAGCAGGCCCAGGCAGAGGCCAGGGAGAAGCAGCUAGCCCUAGAAGUCCCAUCCUGGGUCCUAGUAGUAUGGCACAGGAAGAUGGCAUCUCGGUUGUGCCAGCAGCAAAUUUUAUACUGUGACACAUCUGGUGACAUCUUUCUCUCUAAACUGCAAUUUCUGCACAAAUCCCUUCCUGUCUAUUGGGACUGGAGGGGUCACUGAUCAUUAUCUUACCCCUCAAGGAGACUGUUGGGGGGGUGGGGAAGGACCCCAAUUGGUUCUGACCCAGUAUACUGCCCGAAAACCAGGUUUAUAAAGGAUGCUCCAUGUCCUCCAAGUCAGAUGAUGACACAGUAA